CUGCUGUCACAACAACAUUUCGCCAUUUCGGGUUUGGAGGAGAUGAGAAGAGGGGCGCUCUGUAACUCCCGGGAAGGAUUUAGGUCAGCCGAACGGAGGUGCGGGUUUCUUCAUUGAAAACAUUUCUGGCUCUCUGUUCUCGAGUUUCCGAUGUGUGUUCCCCGGCUGCUGCGGAUGAGCUUUUCCAGCGUCGGCCCGGGCUGAAGACGCGAGGCAGAGUCGGAUUUUCCCGCUAGCAGCUACUGAGCUAGCUGUGUGUAAACAACAAGGAUGAAACGGGUGAGAGGAGGAGAGGAGGGAAGCGAUGACUCCUCCAGUGAGAGCCCACCGGAGGCUUGCAAGAAGGUGCGGAAACAGAUGAGCGAUGAUUCGGAGGCAAAUGUGGCCGGUGAGUCACUAGACUGUGACUGGGCACGGCUGCCUCAGGAGCUCCUGCUGCACAUCUUCCAGUACCUGCCGCUGCUGGACCGAGCUUAUGCCUCUCAGGUGUGCCGUGGGUGGAACCAAGCUUUCCACAUGCCUGAGCUGUGGAGAUGCUUUGAGUUUGAGCUUAACCAGCCAGCUAGCUCUUACCUGAAAGCCACACAUCCAGACCUCAUCAAGCAGAUCAUAAAGAGGCACUCCAAUCACCUGCAGUAUGUCAGUUUCAAGGUCGAUAGUAGUACGGAAUCUGCAGAGGCAGCUUGUGACAUUCUUUCACAGUUGGUGAAUUGCUCACUGAAGACCUUGGGCCUCAUCUCUACAGCCAGGCCCAGUUUCAUGGAGGUUCCAAAGUCUCACUUCAUCUCAGCUCUGACUGUGGUGUUCGUCAACUCCAAAUCGUUGUCUUCGCUGAAGAUUGAUGACACACCAGUUGACGAUCCAUCUCUGAAGGUGCUGGUGGCCAACAACAGCGACACCCUGAAACUGCUUAAAAUGAGCAGCUGCCCUCAUGUCUCCCCUGCAGGAAUCCUGUGUGUGGCAGACCAGUGUCACGGGCUCAGAGAGCUAGCGCUAAACUACCACCUCCUGAGCGAUGAACUCCUGCUGGCCCUCUCCUCGGAAAAACACGUCCAUCUGGAACACUUGCGAAUCGAUGUGGUGAGUGAGAACCCUGGGCAGCACUUCCACACCAUCAAGAAGAGCAGCUGGGAUGCCAUGGUGCGACACUCGCCCAAAUUCAACCUGGUCAUGUACUUCUUCCUUUAUGAGGACGAAUUCAGCCCCUUCUUUAAUGAGGAAAUUCCGGUCACGCACCUCUACUUUGGGCGCUCAGUCAGCAAAGAGGUCCUGGGCCGAGUGGGCCUCCACUGCCCUCGUCUGGUGGAGCUGGUUGUGUGCGCCAAUGGCCUGCGUCCUCUGGACGAGGAGCUGAUCCGCAUUGCCAAGCACUGCACCCAGCUGUCAGCCAUUGGUCUGGGUGAGUGUGAGGUGUCCUGCAGUGCAUUUGUGGAGUUUGUCAAAAUGUGUGGCCGCAGGCUGUCCCAACUGUCCAUCAUGGAGGAGGUGCUGAUUCCGGAUCAUAAAUACUCCCUGGAUGAGAUUCAUUGGGAGGUGUCGAAGCACCUGGGCCGGGUCUGGUUCCCAGACAUGAUGCCGACCUGGUAGGGAGUGAAGCCAGUGCUCAGAGUUCAGUAUGUCGGGUUUGGGGUGUGGAACAAUCAUUGCCUCCAUGUUUGCACUGAAAAGCCUUUAAUUACUCGGCUGGAAAGUUCGGUGACAACACAGAGAGCACAAACUCGCUGAACUCCCGUUAGCAGGGCAGGGAUGUAAAUGUGGCAUCUGACUGCAGCACAAUGUUAUCGCGUUAUCAUGCAAACACGACAGAAUUCCUGCUCUGCUUAAUCCGGAGAUGGAAUUCAGCAAGCUGGCUUCCUCCCACAGAAGAGCAGGUGGAAAUUCAACUAAAAAAAAGCAAUGUUUUUAUAACUGUAAAUAAAGUUAUAUGGACAUUAUAGCCUGGUUAUGAUAAUCGGUAUUAUGAGAGGGCAUGUGUGCAUGCAUGUGUGGGUGGGUGUUAACGUGUUUUUCACCAUUGAGGAGUAAAUUGGGACAAUUAGGUGCACAAUUGCAUGUUGUUACGCUGCCACUUGACCUACAUAAAUCUAGUCUGAGAUAGCAGCUCUGCACUCUGUAACACAAUAUGGCAUUUGGCCACAUGGUUAUCUGUACAUAGGAUGUGACAGAAGGUGUUUUGUCAUGUGUAGCUGAAUUUUGCAGAAGAGUAGCUGGCUCCUACACCUCGUUUCAACCCAAUUUAAAGUGCAGCGAUAGUGUUGACAACAACUUGUUUGUCCUCCUCGCCCGAGGAGCUCAAAUUGUGUCUCACAAAAAACACGAUCGCUGAACAAGCUGAAGUUGGUUGAGAGAAACAGAACUGUGUACAUAGGUCUCUAUAUUUGUGGUGUGAAGGUGUAGAGUGUUGAUUGGUGUCCUUUUUCCCCCUCCAUCAAACAUAAAUCAUUUUUUUGUUUUGGAAAAAGGUUUUUGUACAGUCAGAUUUCCUAAGCACCUUAUAUGAAAACCAAAUGAUAGGACACACCAGGUCCUUAUGACCAAAUAUGGUGAUUAUUCAUACUGUACUUGGCUCUGUUGACUCAGAUCCCAAGUACAGCAUAUUGAAGUUAAUAAGCUCUAAUUACUGAGUAAAACAAUCAAAUAAUUCUAUGUAAAUAGUGCACAGAAAUGUCUGAAUUUGGAGGUAGAGAUCAGUGCUCUCAGUUCUUCAUGCUCAGAUUGCUUUGUAAUCAUUCAGUAGACUAGUCAUUAUGGCUGUUAGCUUACCAUGCACAUUGGAAAUGCAAAUCCAAUCCAUUUGUGUUUCUCAGAUGCAUUAAAAUGAAAAAAUAUUUUCUACAUAAGUUUCAUUUGUAUCUUCUGCUAUUUGCCUGUUGAAGCUCUAAACCCCGGCCUUCUGUUGUGAAUAUCUGCCCUUCCUAUUAGUCCACAUUUUUCUCUGUAUUGUGCCAUCACAUCUCACAUACAGGAGAGGAAGCAGUAUUCACCUUUACCAUUAUAAACACCGUCUGCAGAUUUUUCUAGUGCUCCUGUCCCAAACAUCCAUUCAUUUCAGUUUAAAGAGGUUUGGCAAGUCAGAUGAGUGAAACGGAGUUGUUUUUCCUUUAAGAGGGAAGUCAGAUGCAUCUGUAUAUAAAACGCUGUGUGUUUUGAUUAUUCUGAAUAGAAAUGUAUUUCUUUAUUUCGCCCUCUGUCAGGGUUUGAAGUUUCCUUAACCGAUUGCUCGUGUCUUUUAUAAAACCAGAGUGCAAAUUAUCCUUUACUAGAUGGAUCUUUUUCAUACUAUAGCCACUAGAGAAGUUAAAGCUGUGUAAUUUAUUGAUAUGGAUUCUGCUUUUGUAAUGAGUUUGUUUUUCAGUUAUACAGAAGAAGCAAGCAGAGCAGCAGAGAGGUUUUUCUUUGUUUAGUUGAGACACACUGACCUGCUGUCACCACGGUUUUGUGGCAUGCAGGUGGUCCUAAUGUUUUGAGUCCACUGCCACAUACUCCCCACAUAGUCCCUGGAGAGAUUUUAGGAUUUUUUUUUUUUCUGCAGAGGAAUACGAAUACCUUUUUAUUAGUCCUACAAUGGGGAAAUUACAGUCAACAGCUAAGGAAUGCCAUUUAAUCUCUGUGAGGUCCAAUGUAAGAAAACACUCAAUAAAAAUCCCUAGCAGUGGUUGGAUGGCAUUUCAUACAUUAAAUAAUUAGCCAUGAAUUAAAAUCAAACCUUUAGAUAUGUAUGUCUGUAUGUUAUUAAAAGGUAUUUGUGCAUAUAUAUGAACGAUGUCAAAGUUUUUGGUAGUGGACAAACUUUAGGACAGUGCUGUGUGUUGUUUCUGCCAGAUUUCAUUCCUUUUUAUCUACGUUUCAUUUCAUGUAGGAUAAAACUGAGACAGUUAUUGCAGGCGGUGCAAAAGCUUCUUGGUAUUAUUGAAUGAAUAUAGUCUCUGUAUUCACUGAAGUAGAAGAUACCUGUGCUGAUUGUGCUCAUGUACAUUAGCAUCUUAAUGGUACAGUAACAUAUCUCCUGGUUAUUUUAUUUCAGAAUUUGUGCAGUGCAUUAAACAGCGGCCCUGUUUCCACUCAGCGUACCUAGUUUAUCCUGUUCUUUGUAUUUGCUUUUAUUGGAACAUUCAGCUGGAAAAAUGAAACACUUCACAUCGUCACCUGGUUAAAAUAAUGGCCCAAGUCUUUUUUUUUUUUUUUUGCCUAAAUCGUAUUUUUGAUGUUUCUUUCAGUUUUUUUGUCUUUUGUGAAAAACCUGGAAAACAAAAAAAAAAGAUUUAGGCCAUUAUUUUAACAAGGUGAUGGCAGGGUAACUGUUGACUGAGAGGGAGCAUUAUUUAACUUUGAUCAUAAGUACGCCUCUGGUCUGUAACCAUUAUUUCAACUUCUUUAUUUACGGAGUACUCCUGGUUUAUUCGGCGUUAGCUGGUGUUAAAUGCUCUCUAGUUUUGCUUCUGUACGGCAAAAGCUUUGUCUACUUUGCUUUACUGGUCACCUGUCUUGAAAUUAAAAUUAUUGUUUUGGACAUGUGAUCUCACACUGUAAUAAAAAAUUUGUGAAUGUA